UGGGAAGUGCUAUUUACGCUGUACGUGACAUUUAGCUGCUUCGCAGUUCUCAAUGUGAUGACCGGAGUGUUCUGCCACAGUGCGAUCACAGGCGCUGCCCAAGAUGAGCAUCUGAUGGUCCAGUCUCUCCUCCAGGAAAAAGAUCAGUUCCGCCAAAAGUUCGAACAGCUUUUCCAAGAGGUGGAUGAUGAUGGCACGGGGCACAUCACACUGAACGAGUUCGAGCGUCACUUCAACGAUGCCUCGCUGGCAGCACUCUUCGAAGCGCUCGACCUGCCAUCGACGGACGCCUGGAGCCUCUUCCAGACACUGGAUGCAGAUGGCGACCACAUGAUCGAUGCAGACGAGUUCCUAGAUAGCUGCAUCCGCAUGCGCGGCCCCCCUCGCUCUGUGGACGUGUGCGCCAUUAAGCGACAAGCAAACAAGAUUCGGAGGCAAGUGGUGGACUUGGCAGAUGUGAUCGAAGACGUGAUGGAAGUGCAGGAGGAGAUUCAUGAAAGCCUCCAGAGGAACAUCCGACAGCAGGAAGUGCAAGGAAUGCCGGUUCUGUCUUACCAGCAGGUCUAG